AUGCAGACUGCGGCAACAAAUUCGAGUGAUGUUAUCGAAGGCAGCGAAACAGCAGCAGGAUGGGUGGGUCUAACUCAGGAAGGCUCAUCUGCGGGUUCAGCAGCAGCGGCGGAGGGGAAGCAGCGAGCUAUAGGCACGGUCCCAACCGCUCUUUCCAACCAGCCGCUCCCCCCACGCUUCCCGCCUCAGGCGCCGUCCGUUAUGGAAGAGGUAAUCCGCGCAUGGGGCGCCGUGAGAACCGCCGCAGCAGGCGCCGCAGCUGCCGCUACAAGCGCGGUCAUCCGCGCUCCCGCCACUGCUGCCGCUGCUCCUCCGCGGAUCCCGCCUUCCGCAGCGCCUUCGCUCUCCGCCAUGGCGCCGCCCGACGUGCCUCCCGCGCUGAUCGCGGUGAUUGAAAAGGCUCUGCAGGAGGUGGCGAGGGGUGCGAAGGGAGAAGGGAGGGACGGAGGGACGGAGAGGCAGAGGGGGGGAAAAGGGGUGUUGCAGCUGCAGCGACUGGUGGCCGGGAUGUGCCGAUUGGAGGGGAUUCGCGCGGUGGGGGGGGGAGACGCAGAGGCGCGGAGUGCAGGCGGAAAGGACGAGGCGGAGACAAACGAGAGUGAGGGAGUGGGGAAGGGCGCGGAGGGAGGGAGUGAUGCAGGUGCAGUGGGGGCGGAGGAACGAGACGCAGCUGCUGCGGUGGUGGUGGCAACCCUUCUAGCCAUCAUGGGGUGCACGCACGAGGGGGACGACGUGCAGGAGGCGGACGGCAGUGGCGAGAGCAGGGGCGCGGAGCGGCGGAGGAAUGGCAAGGUGCCUGGGCCUGUCAUCAUGAUGUGUGCCGAGGCCGCUGUGCUGGCCGCCGCGCUGCUGCCGUGGCUGCCAUGCCAUGACUGCCGCCCGCCUGGGGUCACCGCCAGUGGAACAGUGAGUGAUGCAGCAGCGAGGGAAGCAGCAGCAGAGAGAGGAGAUGGCGAGGAGAGUGCCAAGACAGAGGCAGGCGCAGCGGCAGGGGCAGCUGGAUCGGGAACAGGUGCAAGGUGGGCGGCAGGGGCAGUGGUGGCAAGUGGGAGGUCCCCGCGCACGCGCGUGGCACGAGUGCUGGCCACGGCGCUCUCCUCCUGCACGCGCAACCGUGCCAUGUGCGCUGCCGCUCGCCUCACCUCCUCCCUCCUCGCCUCCCUCCGCAUCAUCCUCCUGGGCGGCGUGCGGGCCAAUGGGUCGCUGCCACCUGGUGCUGCCCUGCUGGAUGAAGCACCGUUGCCGGUGGAGCCGAAUGAGAGCAGCGCAAGGGAGGGUGCGGGCGAGGGUGGUGCUGCGCUGUAUGGUGCAGCUGAGGCUGCGUGGGAUGCUCGGCCUGUGCUGGCGGCGCUGCAGUCUCUGGCGUCUCACUCCGUGUCCGUGGGCGAGCUGCGCCAGUGGAUGGCGUCCGUUGUUGCUCUCACCGCCUCUCCCCCCGCUGCCAGCACCCCACCUGCCUCCAUGGCAUCAACAGGAACAGGGGCAGCCGGGAUGGCAGGGGGAGGAGGAGGCGGAGAGAAGGGGGUAAGAGGCGGAGCAGGGGGAGGGGAGUGGGUGAGGCAAGAGAGGGCGGGUGCGCUGCUGGAUGCGCUGCAGGGGGCGAUGGAGGGGGAGGAGGUGAGGGCGCCCGCAUACACCUUCGAGCUGGACGGCGAGAGCUCAGGGCUGCUGGGGCCCGGCGACAGCAAGUGGCCGUUCGGCAACGGGUAUGCGUUUGCGACGUGGAUCUACGUGGAGUCCUUCUACGACACCGAGAGCUCCGCUGUGGGCGCCGCUGCCAUGGCCGCCGCCAUCGCUGCCGCCGCCACCGCCAAGGUCGGCCGCACCUCUGCGGUCUCCGCUGCUGCAGCCGCGAGCGCACUGGCAGGGGAGGGGCUGAUGCACAUGCCGCGGCUGUACAGCUUCCUGACGGCAGAGAGCGAGGGCGUGGAGGCGUACUUCCACCGCGAGUACCUCAUUGUCGAGUCCUCCACGCACCGCGGCUCCAAGAGCACCUUCCACUUCUCGCACGCGUUUGAGGCGCAGCGCUGGUACUUCAUAGGGCUGGAGCACGUGUUCAAGCCGUCGCUGCUGGGCAAGGCGGAGUGCCACAUGCGGCUGUACGUGGACGGGCGCCUCACAGAGUCCCUCCCGCUCGACCUCCCGCGCAUCUCCCGCCCGCUCGGCUUCCUGUGCAUCGGCACCAACCCGCCCGCCGCCAUGGCGGGGCUGCAGCGGCGGCGCAAGCAGUGCCCGCUGUUUGCGGAGGUGGGGCCCGUGUACAUCUUCAAGGAGCCCAUCGGCGCCGAGCGCAUGAUGCGCCUCGCCGCGCGCGGCGGGGACCACCUGCCGUGCUUUGGCGCGGGGGCGGGCGUGCCGGCGCUGGUGAGCAGCGACCAGCUCAUGCUGGCAGCCGAUGAUGCAUACAGCCUCGACUCCGACCUCGCCCCCCGCCUGCACCUGCUCUACCACCCGCGCCUCCUGCUUGGCCGAUUCUGUCCGGACGCCUCCCCUGCCAGUGCUGCCGGGGUGCACAGGCGGCCGGCUGAAGUGCUGGGGCAUGUGCAUGUGGCGGCCAGGCACCGAGUGCCGGAGGCCAUCUGGCAGGCGGGGCAGGGGGGGCCGCUGGCGCUGCUCACUCUCGCCAUUCACGCCGUGCACCCGGACUCGUUCCUCCCGCUGCCGCUGGCUCUCUCUGCGGAUCCGCCUGCUGCAGUGGCUGCAGCGACGCUGCUGCCGCGUGUGCUGGGGCUGGUGGGGCGGGCGAUGCGGCACGGCAUGAACAGGGAGGAGAUCAGGGGAGGGGCUCCCGCCAUGCUGGCGCUCAUGCUCGCAUAUGGGCUCAGUACGUGCGCCCAAGGGGGGGUGGCGGGUGGUGCUGGGGCGGGGGGUGGUAACAGUGCGGACAAGGAGGUGAGUGAGCAGCAGGGUGCAGCGGUGGCGGUGCGUGGCACGGAUGAGGAUGACCCGCCGUACGACAACCAGCUGGCGGCGGCAGCUGCAGCACUCACCAUGGCACCACGCUUCGGUGACCCGUUAAAGCCGCACCUCUUCCUGCACCUGCUGCUGCACCUGCCUCUGUGGGCGUCGUGCCCCCUGGCUGUGCAGCAGCAGGUGCUGUCGUCGCUGGCCGCCGUUGCAGUGCGCGAGCAGCACACGCUGAGAGCAGCAGGCGCGCUGCCCGUGCUGCUGGAUGGGUGCCGGCGCUGCUACUGGGUGCAGCUGGAAGCCAUGUCCCUGCCCCUCGGCCCCGCCUCCUCUCGCUCUGCCACUCCGUCGUCAAUGAAGAGCCCGGGGGCACAAGAGACUGGUGGAGGAGGAGAGGAGGAGGGGGAGGUGGUGGCGGGGCAGCAUGCGCGGAUGGGCGAGGUGAACGCGCUGGUGGAUGCCGUGAUGGGCGUGCUGGAGCUGCUGCUCGCCACCAGCUCUGCCCCCGCCAUGGCGGCUGACAUGCGCACACUCGUUGCCUUCCUGCUCGACUGCCCACACCCCAACCAGAUGGUGCGAGUGCUGCUGCUGGUGUACCGCCUCCUAUCCCACCCCAACGCCGCGAGAGCAGCUGGCUUCUCCGUGCAGUUCCUGGCAGCGGGCGGCGCCCACAUGCUGCUGGCGCUGCUGCUAAGGGAGAGCCAGUGGGGCGACGCGUGUCCCCUGCUCUUCCCCCCCGUGCCUUGUAAGGCCCAGGCGGCCCGUGUGAAGGAGGUGGUGGGGGAAGAGAAGGGCGAUGGUGGGGUGACGGUUGGAGGAGUGAAGGGUAAGGAUGGAGGUGUGGCGGAGGACGCGGCCAGCAGUAGUGUGGAGGGCAGUGCAGGCACCGGGGGCGACGGUGCUGAUAGUGCUGCUGUGGAGGGUGGAGAUUCCACAGACAAGGAAGGUGCUCGAUCAGCCGCAGAAGCAGCAGGCAUGGCAGCAAGCACAACAACUGAAGCAGAAGCAGCAGAUGCGAGUGGGUGUGGGGGAAAAGGGCCGAGUGCAGAGCUGAAGGUGGACGUGCCACGAGGCAGCAGCAACAGCACCACUUCUCAGGCGCUCUCCCCCAAAGCACCCACCCCGAACCCCGCCACCCCCGCCGCCUCCACCCCCGCCUCCUGGCAAGCCUUCUUCGACCCCUUUGGCACCCGGGCCGACCCCCCAGAGGCAGAAGCGAAAGCAGCGGAUCGGCAGACAGCAGCUGCUGGCAGCAGCGGCGAGGAGGGGGCGAAGGAGACACGAGCAGGGGGGACGGACUUGGAGGCAGCAGAGGAGGCGAAGGAGGAGAGGGAGGAGCGGAUCCCUGAGCCGCGAACGGGGGUGGACGUGGCUGGUGAGAUCCUGAGGAAGCUUCAGCAGCGAGGGCUGUUCCAAGCGUCGCACAUGAGCAUUCUCGCCCCGGGACCCGCCGGGAACAGCGUCACAGUGGCCCCCUCUGUGCGCAUCCGGCAGCCCUUGGGCAGCAGCAGAGCAGCAGGCGCCAAGGGCUCUCACGGGCUCUCAGGGGAUGUGAUGGUGGCAGCAGCCGCGCUCUCCCUCUCUGGCAGUGGCACGCGCAGUGGCAGUGGGCGCCGCCUCGCCUCCUCCGCUUACGGCGAGCAGUCCUUGCUCGCACCGAAGUCAAACGACUUCCCCCUCACGGACGGCCCAGAUGGGAUCUUCCUCGCAGUGGUGUCGAUCCUAGGGCUGUUAGCGGAGGGAGGGUACAUUCGGCUCAGCAGCCCGGCUGUGCUGGGGCUGGUGCCGGGGGGGGCGGGAGCAGGGCUGGGGUCGGUAGUGGCGGAUAGAGGGGUGGGGGAGCGCAAUAACGUGGGGGCGUGGGCGGUGUACGGCGUGCAGAGGGCGCUGCAGCUGGCGCCUGACAGGCUGCUCACGCCUGCCGUGUACCAUGCCAUCAUGACCGCCGUGCUGCGCUCCGAGGUGAGACGCAUGCGAGGUGCCAGCCGAGUGGCUGGCAUUUCUUCCCCCAAGAGGCUGCUCACGCCUGCUGUGUACCAUGUGCUCUUUGACUGCUGUGCUGCGAUGAGAGGGAAGAAUGGAACGAGAGCAAGGGAAGAAUGGAACGAGAGCAAGGGAAGAAUGGAACGAGAGCAAGGGAAGAUGGAACGAGAGCAAGGGAAGAAUGGAACGAGAGCAGGGAAGAAUGGAACGAGAGCAAGGGAAGAAUGGAACGAGAGCAAGGGAAGAAUGGAACGAGAGCAAGGGAAGAAUGGAACGAGAGCAAGGGAAGAAUGGAACGAGAGCAAGGGAAGAAUGGAACGAGAGCAAGGGAAGAAUGGAACGAGAGCAAGGGAAGAAUGGAACGAGAGCAAGGGAAGAAUGGAACGAGAGCAAGGGAAGAAUGGAACGAGAGCAAGGGAAGAAUGGAACGAGAGCAAGGGAAGAAUGGAACGAGAGCAAGGGAAGAUGGAACGAGAGCAAGGGAAGAAUGGAACGAGAGCAAGGGAAGAAUGGAACGAGAGCAAGGGAAGAAUGGAACGAGAGCAAGGGAAGAAUGGAACGAGAGCAAGGAAAGAAUGGAACGAGAGCAAGGGAAGAAUGGAACGAGAGCAAGGGAAGAAUGGAACGAGAGCAAGGGAAGAAUGGAACGAGAGCAAGGGAAGAAUGGAACGAGAGCAAGGGAAGAAUGGAACGAGAGCAAGGGAAGAAUGGAACGAGAGCAAGGGAAGAAUGGAACGAGAGCAAGGGAAGAAUGGAACGAGAGCAAGGGAAGAAUGGAACGAGAGCAAGGGAAGAAUGGAACGAGAGCAAGGGAAGAAUGGAACGAGAGCAAGGGAAGAAUGGAACGAGAGCAAGGGAAGAAUGGAACGAGAGCAAGGGAAGAAUGGAACGAGAGCAAGGGAAGAAUGGAACGAGAGCAAGGGAAGAAUGGAACGAGAGCAAGGGAAGAAUGGAACGAGAGCAAGGGAAGAAUGGAACGAGAGCAAGGGAAGAAUGGAACGAGAGCAAGGGAAGAAUGGAACGAGAGCAAGGGAAGAAUGGAACGAGAGCAAGGGAAGAAUGGAACGAGAGCAAGGGAAGAAUGGAACGAGAGCAAGGGAAGAAUGGAACGAGAGCAAGGGAAGAAUGGAACGAGAGCAAGGGAAGAAUGGAACGAGAGCAAGGGAAGAAUGGAACGAGAGCAAGGGAAGAAUGGAACGAGAGCAAGGGAAGAAUGGAACGAGAGCAAGGGAAGAAUGGAACGAGAGCAAGGGAAGAAUGGAACGAGAGCAAGGGAAGAAUGGAACGAGAGCAAGGGAAGAAUGGAACGAGAGCAAGGGAAGAAUGGAACGAGAGCAAGGGAAGAAUGGAACGAGAGCAAGGGAAGAAUGGAACGAGAGCAAGGGAAGAAUGGAACGAGAGCAAGGGAAGAAUGGAACGAGAGCAAGGGAAGAAUGGAACGAGAGCAAGGGAAGAAUGGAACGAGAGCAAGGGAAGAAUGGAACGAGAGCAAGGGAAGAAUGGAACGAGAGCAAGGGAAGAAUGGAACGAGAGCAAGGGAAGAAUGGAACGAGAGCAAGGGAAGAAUGGAACGAGAGCAAGGGAAGAAUGGAACGAGAGCAAGGGAAGAAUGGAACGAGAGCAAGGGAAGAAUGGAACGAGAGCAAGGGAAGAAUGGAACGAGAGCAAGGGAAGAAUGGAACGAGAGCAAGGGAAGAAUGGAACGAGAGCAAGGGAAGAAUGGAACGAGAGCAAGGGAAGAAUGGAACGAGAGCAAGGGAAGAAUGGAACGAGAGCAAGGGAAGAAUGGAACGAGAGCAAGGGAAGAAUGGAACGAGAGCAAGGGAAGAAUGGAACGAGAGCAAGGGAAGAAUGGAACGAGAGCAAGGGAAGAAUGGAACGAGAGCAAGGGAAGAAUGGAACGAGAGCAAGGGAAGAAUGGAACGAGAGCAAGGGAAGAAUGGAACGAGAGCAAGGGAAGAAUGGAACGAGAGCAAGGGAAGAAUGGAACGAGAGCAAGGGAAGAAUGGAACGAGAGCAAGGGAAGAAUGGAACGAGAGCAAGGGAAGAAUGGAACGAGAGCAAGGGAAGAAUGGAACGAGAGCAAGGGAAGAAUGGAACGAGAGCAAGGGAAGAAUGGAACGAGAGCAAGGGAAGAAUGGAACGAGAGCAAGGGAAGAAUGGAACGAGAGCAAGGGAAGAAUGGAACGAGAGCAAGGGAAGAAUGGAACGAGAGCAAGGGAAGAAUGGAACGAGAGCAAGGGAAGAAUGGAACGAGAGCAAGGGAAGAAUGGAACGAGAGCAAGGGAAGAAUGGAACGAGAGCAAGGGAAGAAUGGAACGAGAGCAAGGGAAGAAUGGAACGAGAGCAAGGGAAGAAUGGAACGAGAGCAAGGGAAGAAUGGAACGAGAGCAAGGGAAGAAUGGAACGAGAGCAAGGGAAGAAUGGAACGAGAGCAAGGGAAGAAUGGAACGAGAGCAAGGGAAGAAUGGAACGAGAGCAAGGGAAGAAUGGAACGAGAGCAAGGGAAGAAUGGAACGAGAGCAAGGGAAGAAUGGAACGAGAGCAAGGGAAGAAUGGAACGAGAGCAAGGGAAGAAUGGAACGAGAGCAAGGGAAGAAUGGAACGAGAGCAAGGGAAGAAUGGAACGAGAGCAAGGGAAGAAUGGAACGAGAGCAAGGGAAGAAUGGAACGAGAGCAAGGGAAGAAUGGAACGAGAGCAAGGGAAGAAUGGAACGAGAGCAAGGGAAGAAUGGAACGAGAGCAAGGGAAGAAUGGAACGAGAGCAAGGGAAGAAUGGAACGAGAGCAAGGGAAGAAUGGAACGAGAGCAAGGGAAGAAUGGAACGAGAGCAAGGGAAGAAUGGAACGAGAGCAAGGGAAGAAUGGAACGAGAGCAAGGGAAGAAUGGAACGAGAGCAAGGGAAGAAUGGAACGAGAGCAAGGGAAGAAUGGAACGAGAGCAAGGGAAGAAUGGAACGAGAGCAAGGGAAGAAUGGAACGAGAGCAAGGGAAGAAUGGAACGAGAGCAAGGGAAGAAUGGAACGAGAGCAAGGGAAGAAUGGAACGAGAGCAAGGGAAGAAUGGAACGAGAGCAAGGGAAGAAUGGAACGAGAGCAAGGGAAGAAUGGAACGAGAGCAAGGGAAGAAUGGAACGAGAGCAAGGGAAGAAUGGAACGAGAGCAAGGGAAGAAUGGAACGAGAGCAAGGGAAGAAUGGAACGAGAGCAAGGGAAGAAUGGAACGAGAGCAAGGGAAGAAUGGAACGAGAGCAAGGGAAGAAUGGAACGAGAGCAAGGGAAGAAUGGAACGAGAGCAAGGGAAGAAUGGAACGAGAGCAAGGGAAGAAUGGAACGAGAGCAAGGGAAGAAUGGAACGAGAGCAAGGGAAGAAUGGAACGAGAGCAAGGGAAGAAUGGAACGAGAGCAAGGGAAGAAUGGAACGAGAGCAAGGGAAGAAUGGAACGAGAGCAAGGGAAGAAUGGAACGAGAGCAAGGGAAGAAUGGAACGAGAGCAAGUGUUUGUCCUCAACGUUUGCUAUCAUUCUUUCUCUCCCCCCCAUUGGUUCUCCCCCCUCUUGUGUUCCGCCCUCCAUCCUCCCGUGCAUUUCCCACUCAUCGCAUGCAUUCGCCCCUGCCCGCUUCCCUGCAGUCAUCCACAUCAGCGCAAGCAGCUGCCAGCACCACCACCGCCAGUGCGGGCGAGGCUGCCACAGCAGCAGCAGGGCGGAGGGUGCUCCCACCCGACACGGUCUUGGCGGAGUCGCAGCUGCAGCUGCUGCUGGCGCUGCUCAGAGCGCUGCCCUCUGCCUCUCCUCGCACGCAACUCGCCAUUCUGCAGGCAAGCCUUUUCCCCCUUGCCCUCCCAUGCUCUCUCCACGCACUCCACAUGCUCUUUCUAUUCUUUACUCCAAUCACAUCUGCUCCCUCUGCCUGCCCAUACUGCUCCCCACAUCAGAUGUUGCUGCUGUGCCUCUGCUUGUGAAUCGCCUCAAUAGGUCCUCCCCUCCAACCAUGCUCACCGCACCCCACCCACCCACAGGACGUACUGCUGCUGGUGUCGCUGAGUGGCAGCAACCGCCGCCAGCUGUCAUGCCUGCCAGAGUGGCCCGAGUGGCUUCUCGAGAUCCUGCUGGACAACCUCGAGCUGCACCAUCCGUCCCUUGCACUCCCUUCUUGCCCGUCUCCCAUCUUCCCUUUUCCCUCAUCUACUUGUCUCCCAUCUUCCCUUUUCCCUCAUCUACUUGUCUCCCAUCUUCCCUUUUCCCUCAUCUACUUGUCUCCCAUCUUCCCUUUUCCCUCAUCUACUUGUCUCCCAUCUUCCCUUUUCCCUCAUCUACUUGUCUCCCAUCUUCCCUUUUCCCUCAUCUACUUGUCUCCCAUCUUCCCUUUUCCCUCAUCUACUUGUCUCCCAUCUUCCCUUUUCCCUCAUCUACUUGUCUCCCAUCUUCCCUUUUCCCUCAUCUACUUGUCCUUCUCACCGCUCCUUCUCACCUCCGCUUGUCUUCUGCGCUGCAGCGACUGCCUGCUGGCGCCUGCUCCAUCAGCAGCACUGAAGCUGCCUCUGCUGCGCACGGGAAGCAGCACGCGGCAGGGCAAGGCAAUGAGACACCCACGGCCGCUGCAAGUGGCACGGCAGGGGGAGGGGAGGGCGGGGAGGGGCGUGUGGAGGAGGCAGGUGCAGGUGGUGAUGGUGAUGGCAGUGGCGGGGCGGUUGACGAUAGUGGUGGUAGCAGAGGAGGGGGGUUGAGAGAGGAGCAGCGGGAGCGCGUGGAUGUGAACGAGAUGAUCUUCUCCUUCCUGGGCACCACCCAUAUUCUAACCUCUCUCUCCGCAUUCCCGUUUUUCCAUCAUGCCAUCAUGCCAUCAUGCCACCAUGCCAUCAUGCCAUCAUGCCACCAUGCCAUCAUGCCAUCAUGCCAUCAUGCCACCAUGCCAUCAUGCCAUCAUGCCACCAUGCCAUCAUGCCACCAUGCCACCAUGCCAUCAUGCCAUCAUGCCACCAUGCCACCAUGCCAUCAUGCCACCAUGCCAUCAUGCCAUCAUGCCACCAUGCCACCAUGCCAUCAUGCCAUCAUGCCAUCAUGCCACCAUGCCACCAUGCCACCAUGCCAUCAUGCCAUCAUGCCAUCAUGCCACCAUGCCAUCAUGCCACCAUGCCAUCAUGCCACCAUGCCAUCAUGCCACCAUGCCACCAUGCCAUCAUGCCAUCAUGCCACCAUGCCAUCAUGCCACCAUGCCACCAUGCCACCAUGCCAUCAUGCCACCAUGCCAUCAUGCCAUCAUGCCACCAUGCCACCAUGCCAUCAUGCCAUCAUGCCACCAUGCCACCAUGCCAUCAUGCCACCAUGCCAUCAUGCCAUCAUGCCACCAUGCCACCAUGCCAUCAUGCCAUCAUGCCACCAUGCCAUCAUGCCACCAUGCCACCAUGCCAUCAUGCCACCAUGCCACCAUGCCAUCAUGCCACCAUGCCAUCAUGCCAUCAUGCCACCAUGCCACCAUGCCAUCAUGCCAUCAUGCCACCAUGCCAUCAUGCCACCAUGCCACCAUGCCAUCAUGCCAUCAUGCCACCAUGCCAUCAUGCCACCAUGCCAUCAUGCCACCAUGCCACCAUGCCAUCAUGCCAUCAUGCCACCAUGCCACCAUGCCAUCAUGCCAUCAUGCCACCAUGCCACCAUGCCAUCAUGCCAUCAUGCCACCAUGCCACCAUGCCAUCAUGCCAUCAUGCCACCAUGCCAUCAUGCCACCAUGCCACCAUGCCAUCAUGCCAUCAUGCCAUCAUGCCACCAUGCCAUCAUGCCACCAUGCCAUCAUGCCAUCAUGCCACCAUGCCACCAUGCCAUCAUGCCACCAUGCCAUCAUGCCAUCAUGCCACCAUGCCACCAUGCCAUCAUGCCAUCAUGCCAUCAUGCCACCAUGCCACCAUGCCAUCAUGCCAUCAUGCCACCAUGCCACCAUGCCAUCAUGCCAUCAUGCCACCAUGCCAUCAUGCCAUCAUGGCACCAUGCCACCAUGCCAUCAUGCCAUCAUGCCAUCAUGCCACCAUGCCAUCAUGCCACCAUGCCAUCAUGCCAUCAUGCCACCAUGCCACCAUGCCAUCAUGGCACCAUGCCAUCAUGCCAUCAUGCCACCAUGCCACCAUGCCAUCAUGCCAUCAUGCCAUCAUGCCACCAUGCCACCAUGCCAUCAUGCCAUCAUGCCACCAUGCCACCAUGCCAUCAUGCCAUCAUGCCACCAUGCCAUCAUGCCACCAUGCCAUCAUGCCACCAUGCCAUCAUGCCAUCAUGCCACCAUGCCACCAUGCCAUCAUGCCAUCAUGCCACCAUGCCAUCAUGCCACCAUGCCAUCAUGCCAUCAUGGCAUGUGCAGGAGCUAGAGGCCUCAUUCCAUUGCCUUGAGUGGAUGGCUCUCAUUGGUGGAUCCAGCAUCGGCCCCGAGCGAGUCAAGCGAGAGGAGGGCAUGGCAACGGUGAAGCGGCGCCUGCUGCAUGGCGUCAUGGACUUCACUGCCGCCCACCUGCGCCUGCAGCCCCUGCCCCAUCGCCCACCCCUUAUCCUGCCCACCCACACCACCACCGCCAAGCAGGCUCAAGUGGAGGCCACAGCAGCAGCGGCAGCAGCGGCAGCAGCAGAGGCAGCAGCGCUGGCAUCGCCUCUCCCCAUAGACAUCCCCAUCUCGCCCACGCCCACCUCCCCACACGCGCGCGCUCCCGACCCGCUGCUCACGUCGCCCACGUCGGCAUGGCUGCUGGAGAACGCGGUGGCGCUGCUGAUGCUGCUCGAGGACUUCCUGCGCUUCCACGCCGCCGCCCGCUCGCCACUCGCCCUGCCCACCGUUGCCUUCGAUGCCGAUGACACCCUCCCCGGCUCCCGCCCUGCCGCCUGGCACGACGCCCCUGACUCCCCCACUGGAGCCUCCGCUGCUGCGGGAGUGGGGUCUGUGCUGCCAGGCACGACGGCCACAGCAGCGGCGGCGGCAGCAGCAGGGUUGAUGCCGCUGGCGGCGCAGCUGUCCAAUCCGUUGCUCUCCGCAGGCUCCUCCUCGCGGCGCCGCAGCCCCACUGAUCUGCUCACUCUCGAGAUGCUCACGCUCAUGGCGGAUAAUGCGGGCCAGCUCACUGCCCCCAUGCUGGACCGCAUAACUGCCUCCACCAGUGCAGAGCCCUUUGAGGGCGUGCGCUGCGCCCUGCCGACUUACGGGUCUAUUUCCCAGGAGUUACCCCUCAGUUGGGGGCACAGGAGCAAGCUGUGGUAUGGCGUGGCGGUGCCGCCCGAGGGGAAGGGGGGACCGGGGUGGGGCGGCGGGCGGGCGGCGUGGGCGGCAGCAGUGGAGAUUGACCCGGUGACGGGGCGGUGGCAGGACCUGCCUCUUGUGGUGAAGGCUGUGGGCAUGCUGCGAUCCAUGCUGCUGGACGAAGGGGAGGUGGGGCAGGGGGGCGAGAAGCAGGGGGGAAAGGGAGGUGCAGGGGCGGCGGAAGGGGUGUUGGCGGUGGUGGGGGGGAUAGCGAACAUGCUGGGAGGGGGGAGUGCGGGGGGCGUGUUGAACCGCGCGAGUCAGUUGCUUCUGGAGGACGACCAGACGCUGCUGACUGUCAUCCGCCUCGUGGCCGUGGCUGCCAGGGAGCUCAGUGACGUGGUGGACGUGGACCAGGGGGGGGACGGGGCAGCACCACAUGCAAAGGAGGGGCGAGUAGAUGGGGCGGGCGGGGGAGGGAUGGCGUGGGAGCGAGGUGAGAUGGAGGGCAUCUCUCCUGGCGUUCUCAGCUCGCUGCUCUGGCGGUACGUGCACGGCAGCCAUGACAUGCGCAUGCUCAUCUCUUGA